ACGGGGCGCGGGAUCUUCUGGGUGGGGGGCGGUGAGCCGGGGCAGCCUCGUUCUUUUGCGCAGAGCACGCCUGCGGUUCGAAAGCUGCUGCAGUCGAGAAAAAGGCGCCUGUUUUCACCUUGCCAAAAGCCACAGCUUUCCCAUCACUGGUCUCAUCAGCAGCGGAGGUCCCAGUCUGUAAAGUCCUGUGCCUGAAGGCCAUUUACGGAAUUGUAAACUUUGGGAUUUUCUACGUAACAGCCACCGUUUGGACUUGGAUUGCCUUUGUGUUCAGCUUGAUGGUCUACGGGGCCAGUUACCACUCAAUGAGGUCAAUGGCAAAGCCUACUUUUGCAGAGGGUGGCAGCCUCGCUGAUGGCGGAAUUGACCUGAAUAUGGAGCAGGGAAUGGCAGAGCAUUUGAAGGAUAUGAUUUUGCUUACAGCCAUAGUCCAAGUGCUCAGUUGUUUCUCCCUCUACAUGUGGUACUUCUGGCUCUUGGCUCCAGGACGGGCACUCUAUCUGCUGUGGGUUAACAUUCUGGGUCCUUGGUUCACCGCGGAAUCUCCAGCUGCCAAUCAAGAGCCCAAUGAGAAGAAACAGCGCCGGCAAGAACGCCGACAGAUGAAACGGUUUUAGCCGCGCUCCUGGGCGUGAACGUCAUGCCACCUUUGGUCUCCAUGUGGCUGUUGAUCAGGGAUUUGAAUCAAUCAGAAAACAUCAGGGGAUUUUCCUCUCUUCUUGCCCUUGCCCUUCUCCUGACGUUUGUUCAUCCUAAGGCUAGAUGGCUUGGCAUGGGGAAGCUGAGCCCCAAGCAAAUAGUUGCCUUUGUCUGCCUUAUGACAAGGGGGGAGGAGGGUCUGCAGAUGUGUAAAUAUCUUUCUAAAAUGAUGCUGUAAUAUGAAUCUGAGGAUGAAGGUCUUUCAGGGUUGGAAGCGAUGGUGCAUUAAAAAGACACGCACACACACACAAA